AUGUACAAGAAACCCUCUUUGAACACGGUUGUGUUCCGAACGCCCUCAUGGAGUCGCGUCGAUGGGAGCCCGACGACUGUCGCUAGCCCUGUUGUUCCAUGGAAUCCUCGCGACGAGGUCAUUCGGCGCUUUUCGGAUCCAGCAAAAGAAGAUGAUGUUCAAAAUGCUGGGUCAACUUACGAUAAGGCUGAGACCGCCUACGCGAAAGCCGUCAAGUCGCUGCAAACUCUCCUCAAGGACGAAGGCGCCACCAACAUACUUACGAGUCAAAAUGGCAAACAAGAGCUCUGCGAUGUCGCCAAGCAGGUCCAAGAGGCGAAAGAGACGACUCUGGACCAGAAGAAGAUGCAACGAUUCGUCAGAUCCCUUGAUCACUACCAGGGAGUCUUUGAUAUUCUGUCUCAAGCGGACUUCUCAGGUCUGCCGCUGAUAUGGGGUGGACUGAAGUUUAUACUACUCGUAAAAGACCCGUCUGUUCAUAAUCCUGUAGUUACUUACCGGUUCCAGAUGUCGAAAAACAGCUCCGAAGCCCUCUCUAAAGUAUUCGAAGUGAUCAUCGAUAUCGGUCGGAGUUUGGAAAGAAUCAGGGCGUAUGCUAAAUUGUAUCCUAUACCACGAAUGACGGAGUUCACGACCGAUCUCUACGAGGCUAUUGCAGAGUUCCUGGAAAAAGUUAUCAAAGACUCCAAGAAAAGUUCGAUAAAAAGGGCUAUGACGGACUUUUUGCAGCCAUUCGAUGUCAGAUACGGCGACCUACUAGCCAAGAUGAAGAAAAUUCAAGAAGAAAUCAAAGAGGAUGCUAAUGUCUGCCUGCAUGUCAGACAUGCCAUGACGAGCCAUUCAAUAGCCCGUUAUCAAACGGUCCUCCCGUUGCAGAAGCACCAGAUGUACCAAGGCUUUAAAGCUAUGGCCGAAGAUCCAUCCGCCUCACUUUUCGCUGCCAUUAAAAAGAAUCUCUUCCAAGGAUUUGAGCUCGAGGCGGGGUACCACCAGGAGCUGGAAUCCACGUACAAGACGACAACCUCAAAGGCGUGGGUGGAAUGGUUUAAAAUGGAGCAAAGAUAUGUGCCAUCGGGCUACUCGCACGAGACGAAGGUGAUACAGGCAGAAUGCGACGCCCCGGAUCCUCAGCAUGCCCUGAUCUGGAAGAAGCAACAGCGGACUCUCGCGUCCAACGUCCCUUCUGCCUAUCUUAUCUGGACCCGUGGCAUGACAGCGCAGUCUGCCAUAGCCUCACUUAUUGACCAAAUACUCUUCCAAAAGACCGAGGUGAUGGUCGAAGCCGGUUUGGACUUGGAGCAAUUCAGGGAGGCUAAUAACUCGCCCCGCGCGCUUUGGAACUUUUUCCUAUAUCUAACCACCGUACUCGGUGGUUGCAUGGUAUACAUAACUAUAGGAUCGGUGGGCGAUGAGGAGGCGGCCAUCGUCGGGAAAUUCGUUUCCAUGGCGAAGACUUGGAAGGGACCGGCGAUAAAUGUCACGCUUAUUCACCCGUUCAGCGACGAGUUUGCCAGAACGGACGACGUUAUCAACCUGGACGACAAGUACGACGUGCAUCCGUCACUGACGACCACAGAUGCCAUGCAUCAUGUUCUGGUGUUAGAACUUCAAGAUCGCAAAAAGGUUUCAAAUACCAUUCAGGACCUCCUCUGGGAAACGGUAUGGCGAGAGGUUCGGUAUGCCGUAAUUGGCAUCGCUCUCGCCCAACUAAUAGAGAGCAUUCACCACGCUGCCAAGGCAGUUGCCGAGAAAGCCAAAGACACAAAGAAGGAGACGAGUAAUCAGGAAGAGAACAAGGAAUCAAAGCGACAGAUUACCAAGAAGCCCUUCUCCGACGUGGAUGCUAAGCACUGGGUCGCCGCGAUUUCAAAGUGGACCGGAAAUGAAUGGUCUAUGAACACGUUACGAGAACAGAUCCAGCGACAUAUCGACAUCGUCGACAUCCACCUGCCACCCGAUAUCAAAAGUCGACUGAAGAAGAGGCUUCAGAGGCUCGUGUUCAUGCAAGAGAAAGAACUGGGAUCCCGCCAGUUGACCGAGGCCCAGCGGGCGGCCAUCUGGGAAGACCUGCAAGAUGCCAUUCGGCCAGGAACCAGCGAGAUGUUUUGCAGUCAAAUAGAAACGUUGCUGGCUGCUGUUCUCGAAGAAUACUGGGAGGAAAGUCCUGAAGGGGAGGGCCAAGCAAAGACUCUAUUUGUUUAUCUCGUAAAGACGUAUUUUGGGAAGAGUGGUCGGUGGAAGGAUACCUUUUCUGACGAUAAGGAAUUAGUGGCGGGUGGUAUCACGACAGCGAUUGAGAUCGGGUUCCAGGAUUUGAUAGAGGCUCUAGCCUCGCAGGAAGAUUCGACAUGA